CUACGAGAAAUUAUCUUUAACUAUCGCGUUAUAUUUGAGAAAAAAUUAAUUCCGAACCUUUGUAGCCCAACCGCGAGGACAUUUCGACUAAGAACCAGCCGCAUACAACAAUAAAAACGAAUUGCUUGAGGUGUUUUCCAACACUGUCUGAAGAGAAAACAAAACUUUACACUGGAAAAUAUAAUUUUUGCAUAUUACUCAACUCAGCAAAACAUCUGUUGCUGAUUUGCUGAUUCGUAGAAGAAGAAGAAGAAAGUUUGUAUAUUGGGCUUCGACAGUUACUAAUAAAACUUUAUCAAAUUUCAUCCAUUUUGGGUACGUAAUGGAAGUUAAUCCAAUGGCAAUUGUUUUAGUCUAUUUGGAUAGUAAAGGCGAUCGCUUGUUGUACCGUUAUCCCUAUCAAACACAAAAUACCGAGAAGGCACUGGCUGCAAAUUCCGCGGUGCCUCAUGUUGACAGCAGCAGCAGCAUAAUGAGUUUAAAAGGUUUAGGAGAACAGCCAAAGAAGCGCGGUCGGUUUGCUUUACAAAAUAUCGACGAUUUACUGCAAACGCUACCGCCUAUCAGCAACAAUCAUAUAGCAGUGAAUAAAGCUGGGCAAUUGCAAGGAUUUGCCGACGAGGUUUUGGCACCUCUAUUUGCAGUGAAACCACAACUAUGUAAUCAAAAAUUUGAACUUAAAAUUAACGAUGUACGUUUUGUUAGUCAUCCCACUCUAGUGCAAAGAAGAGAACUGAGAUCAAACAUAUUGAAUAGUCAAAAUGGAAUGCCGGCAAUUUCUGCCACACAGCAACCGUUAGCCAUACAAAAUUGUCAAAAGCCUCAACCACAGCAGAUGUUAAUUAACAUUGUCUUUGCUCUACAUGCGCAGGCUAGCUACUCCAUUGUAAAAUGUUAUUAUGAUUUGAGUAAAAGAUUAGGGUUGGCACUGAAAGUAGAAGAACAGCGUGUGGGUUAUCUUAGCGACGAGACGGUGGUAAUGGCUCGCACCCAUGAUGAGAUAUCCUCACAGCAGCAGCCUUUAGAAAGAGCUUUUGAUUUAAUAUCUGAACGCUGCAGUUUGGCUCAAUCGCUAAAGACGAUAUAUCAUGACUUAUGCACCACAGGGCUUUUAAAUGCCAGCAUUAAUCAGAAUCUUACCUUAAGUUUUUGUUUGCCCGCAAAAACUCAUCAGUUGCAUAAAAAAGGUAGCAUGGUUGAUCCGGAAAUGAUCGAUCGUUGUUUGAGUUCCCUGAAACCAUAUCACGGAAUGCUAUUACUGGUAGAUUUCGCUGAAUUGUUAGACUGCAUCCCACCAGUGGGUGCCCGUAUGCUACUCCAGCUGGUGGAAGUUUAUACACCGUUAAUGAGUCUGCAAAGUAUGGCCUCCGAUGCCGAUCUCAGUAUUGAUCACGUCUACAAAUUGGUUUCGCAUUUAGUGUACUGGGCGAAGGCGACAAUUAUAUAUCCCUUAUGCGAAACAAAUGUAUACGUAAUUGCUCCGGAUGCUCCGUUACAUACUAAAUCGCAUUUGGUGGAAAAAUUUGCCAUUCGAUUUCCCGGCAUGUCCUUGUUCGAAGUGAUUUCUGAUUUUUCAUUGCCCACCUCGAUUGGACAUUUGACUACACCACUACAGCAAUCUGCUCGCCAGGGUAUCUUGGCACAAAUGGUCUUGUGGAUGUUGCAGCAUCACUUACUUAUGCAAUUACACACUUAUGUACAAUUUAUGCCCAGCGAUCUGGAGGAAUUAAUGGACAGUGAUGGUGAGUGCGAUGCAAUCUUGGAGUCUGUUUCUCUUAUGGACUUACCAACUUCUAUUGUUGGCUGCAAUGAAGAUAUCAUAACAGCUGGUCGUGCCAGUAAUAUAAGUGAUGAUGAUUUAGGCGCCGGUUCUCUACUAAGUUUAUCCAGUCAACCUUUGCCGGUACCGCAUACUAGUCGACGUUCUAUGACUGAAGAGCGCUGUUAUUCAGGUGUUGGCUCGGCAGCUUCCGAUAAUUUGGCUGCACAGCCUUCCUCCAGUCAUAAGUCCAACUUCAGCAUGACCGCUUCACUUAGCACUGAUAAUUGCGAAAGUAUUGCCUCCAUCGAAGAUGAAGAGAAGAUAAAAGACUUGCUUCAAGUUUUCGAAGAAUCCGAACGAUUGGCCAUUCGACGUAUACCUGCAUCGGGUAGUUUAGACGAUUUGGCAUUAAUGGUUAAAUUGUAUCAAACCGGUUAUUUUAAAAGCGAACAUCAUCUGGAAGAAAUAAUGUACUCUGAAAAUUUGAGACGUUCGCAACUGUUGCAAUUAUUGGAUAAAUUUCGUGAAGUGUUAAUUAUCUAUGAAACAGAAGAUCCGGCUAUAGCUUCCAUGUACAAUAAUAAAGUGUUAGGUGAAUGGUGUUGAUAACAUGAUCCUAAGAUUCUUAAUAAAGAAAAACAAUUGAUAUUAUAAUUAGCUAUUAAACCAUUUUUCAUUUGAUAUCAUCAAAUAAGAAAAAGUUUUCCAAUUUUUUCAAAGUUAUAUUUACCAAAUUGAUUCGCGUGAAUAUUUGGAACCAAAAUUAACUUCGUCAUCUUUUGCAUUUCAAGGCCUCACGUAUUCUCUUUAAUAUCAUCACGUAUAUAUUUUGCUGCUUUGUGAGUCUUUCCUUUUUUACAGCCUUUUUUCAUCAUUUAAAUAUUGAAGAAUUAUGUAAGAAGGUUUUUAUAACGGUCGAAUUCUCCAUGUGGAUCGCAAAAGGGAGUUUUUCGAGCUAAAUCAUUAUUUGAAAGUACUUAAAACUACCUAAGAUAUUAAUUGUGUUCGUCGUCCCAUUAAUACCUCGCAGUUCUCAACCGAUUGACUUUGGUGUAUGUGAUUUCCUUUCAAUCAUAGC